UUGCUUCCUUUAAAGAAAAAAAAAAAUCUAAGAUUUUCGUUUCAAUCUGCGAGAAAGAUUUUUACAUUUUUUUCUCACUCUUUCUCUUUUGUUUUUCUUUCAUUUCCGGCAUCUCCGAUCUGUAAGGCUACACCCACUGUUAAGAGAGACAAAAAUUAAAGUUUCUUUUUUGCUCUAGGUGACAAGAGGUUUCGAGUUUUAUUCGCUGUUUUAUUAGAAAUAAACGACGACAAUGAAGAACGCUGAAAGACUCGCCAAUUUGGCUUUAGCAGGGUUGACAGUGGCACCACUAGUUGUGAAGGUAGACCCCAACUUGAAUGUUGUUUUGACUGCAUGCCUAACAGUAUAUGUGGGUUGCUAUAGGUCUGUCAAACCUACUCCACCAUCGGAGACAAUGUCUAAUGAGCAUGCUAUGCGUUUUCCAUUUGUUGGGAGUGCGAUGCUGUUAUCACUUUUCUUACUGUUCAAGUUCUUAUCAAAAGACUUGGUUAAUGCAGUUUUGACAUGCUAUUUCUUUGUGCUUGGGAUCAUUGCUCUUUCGGCAACAGUACUGCCUACCAUAAAACGCUUCUUGCCAAAGCAUUGGAACGAAGACCUUAUCAUUUGGCAUUUUCCAUUUUUCCGCUCUUUUGAGAUUGAGUUCACAAGAUCUCAGAUCAUAGCUGCAAUCCCUGGAACUUUUUUCUGUUCAUGGUAUGCUUUGCAGAAGCAUUGGCUGGCUAAUAAUAUUCUGGGUCUCGCUUUCUGCAUUCAGGGAAUUGAAAUGCUUUCUCUUGGAUCUUUUAAGACUGGUGCCAUUUUAUUGGCUGGGCUUUUUGUAUAUGAUAUUUUCUGGGUCUUUUUCACUCCUGUGAUGGUUAGUGUUGCAAAGUCUUUCGAUGCUCCUAUAAAGCUUUUGUUCCCUACAGCUGACUCUACCCGACCAUUUUCCAUGCUUGGACUUGGUGACAUUGUAAUUCCUGGUAUUUUUGUAGCACUAGCAUUAAGAUAUGACGUAUCUAGGGGGAAAGAGAGGCAGUAUUUUAAGAGCGCAUUUUUGGGGUACACGGUGGGGUUGGUCCUUACAAUUGUUGUCAUGAACUGGUUUCAAGCUGCACAGCCUGCACUUUUGUAUAUUGUACCGGCUGUUAUUGGAUUCUUGGCUGCUCACUGUAUAUGGAACGGAGAAGUUGGACCGUUAUUGGAGUUUGACGAAUCAAAGAUGGCGGUUGUAGAAGGCAGUGAAGACAAACCUAGCAAGAAAGUGGAAUGAGGUAUAGAAGGCAAGGCAGACAGUGAAACUACUUUUAGCUUGAGAAGGAAUUAGUGUUUACGUUAAAAGGUCAAUCUCUUGGCUAACUUGUUUUACUGCAAUACCUUUGUAACAGAUUUUGGAAUUAAGCAAGAAAUAAUAUUUAGCUUCUUAAGCAGA